UUCCACCAACCUAUCUUUCCCUUCUGAAUUAUAUUCUCACCCAAGUCCAUACAAAACACCAUUGAAGUAAGAGGUGGAUAAAGCAGAAAAGGUUAAUGGAAAUUCAACAGGAUCCUCUUCCUCAUCCUCCUUCACUUCCUCCACCUCCUCCUUCUCAACUCUCUUUUGCUUAUAGCCAAUUGAAAGAAAUGGACAACUCAAAACACACACAAACCACCAUGAACACCAAAGCUCCAACUUGUGUUGAUGUUGAUGCUCAUGGCCAUGUCUUUGCAAAUCAAAAUUUAGGACAACAUGGACAACAACAUAUAAGGAAACAAGUUAGAAGAAGGCUUACUAAUAGGCCUCCUGAAGAAAGGCUAAUGAAUAUGGCAGACGCAAGGAAGGAGAUUGUCAAUGCCUUGAAAUACCACAGGGCUACCAUGAAAGUGGCUAGUGAGCAUCAACAACAACUGUCCUUUGAGCAUCCCUUUUAUUCAAGGUUUAGCCCAAAUGGAAGAUUCAAGGCUAGGAGAAGGCCUAAGAUGUAUCUACCACCUUCAACCAAAAUUUCACAUUACUUAAAUGAUCUUUCCUUCUCCUCCUCCUUCCCACCCCUUCCUCCUCCUCUUCUUCUUCAUUCACCUCCUCUUUCUCUUUUGCAUGCUCCUCCUCCACCUCCACCUCCACUUCUACUUCCAAAAUUUUACCCCCACACCAUUACUUCCCCUUUUGGUCUUCCACUCCCUAAGCCAGAACCUUCCAAUUUCACACUUCCAAGUCAAACAUUGGGAUUCAAUCUCAAUCUACAUAGUUUCAAUAGUUCAGAACCGACCCCUUUGCUUAAUAACAACACUUUUGAUCCUUCCCUUUUGCUUGAUAACAACAUUUUAGAUCUUAGCCUUUUUCUUGAUAAUAACUCUUUAGAUCCUACCCUUUUGCUUGACAACAACAUUUUAGAAGCUACACCUGUGUUUAAUAACAACAUUUUAGAGUCUACCCCUAUGCUUAAUAACAACAUUUUAGAUGUUAUCCCUGUGCCUAAUAACAACAUUUUAGAUGUUACCCAUGUGCUUAGUAAUAUCAACAUUUUAGAUGGUACCCCCGUGCUUAACAACAACAACACUUCAGAGCCUACCUUUAUGCUUGGCAACAAUGGAUCAUCACUGUGCUCUUACUCAACUCCAAUAUUAACUUUUCCUCCAUUUCUAACUGAUCAAGAAGUUCCUUCGAUUGGAAUAUCUCAGUCACAAAGAGAAGCGGUUUCCACAACGAUGAAUAGCAUUGAAUCCAAUAUUGCAAACCAAGCUAGUGGAAGCAUGCAUACAACAAUGGAUGAAGAGGGCAUGGAAGAGAUAAGAGCAUUGGGACAACAACAUCAAAUGGAAUGGGAUGACACCAAGAGUCCAGUUACUUCAGUCUGGUGGCAUGAUUGCUUACAACAAAUGGAAAAUAAUGCCGAUGAAGUCAACAAUGGAGAUGAUUCAUUUCAAUGGAUCUUUGAUGAUGAACUUGAAUUUCCUGUCUGGGAAAAUUAAUGCUUGUUAAGACAAGCUUACAACACUGGGCUCCCUGGAUUCAGUCCAAGAUACCACUUUACUUUGGUAAGUUCUUUAUAACAAGUUUCGUUACUUCUAAAAUGAAAAAUGUGUUUGUGAGCAGGAAAAGUCAAUAAGGAUCAAAAUAAGUCAAUUCAAACCAUCAAAGACAUUGUCAUUGAACUAGUUUGUAAACAAUCAUUACACGAAAAAAACAUUGCCAAGUCUCUAUGAUGGACAGAAAAAAAAAAAAUAAUGCAGUGCUAAAGUGUGUGUGUGUGUGAGGUUGCAUUUUUAAAGUUAUCUGCUCUUAAUAAGCAGAAACAGAAGAUGCAUAUCCUUACUCUUUUUCUUGUA